AUGAUCAUCCCAGUGAGAUGCUUUUCGUGUGGAAAGGUCAUCGGGGACAAAUGGAAUGCAUACCUGGAGUUACUAGCUAACGAUAUGAGCGAAGGUGACGCUCUCGAUGAAUUGCAGCUGAAGCGAUAUUGCUGUCGGCGAAUGGUGCUCACGCACGUUGAUCUCAUCGAAAAACUUCUGCAUUACAAUCCUAUGGAGCGCUCGAAGGACAAGAAUUUUUGA